UAUCCUGCUACGAUAUCAUCAUGAGGUUUGCUAUGCUAGCUUCAAAUGAAUCUUGAUGCCAUGGUGGCCUAUCAAAUUGGCAUCAUGAAGGGAAAGUCGACGGAGAGUUUGCAACCAUAAAGACUGUUUCGUUCUAGCUGAUGUGUCUAAUGUGGAGGAGCAUUAGUCAGUACUAAACCACAUGUAGAAAAUGCAUGAUUAUAAAUGCCAUGUGAUGACAAGAAGAUAAAGAUGGCACACUAAUGCUCAAGUGUUUUCCUGAUGGUCAAAUCUCUCCUUCCUACGCCAUGGUACUGACUAUGGAUGAAUGGUGCAACUUGUGAGCUUUCUUCAUGAGCAACAUUUUUACAUUGUCGCUUCUUUUUUAUUUUAAUGGAGGGAAACGAAUGAACAACAUUGUAAUGUGUGCUAUAUCAUAAUCACUAAUGGAGAACCUUGUAAUAAAUACUGUACAGAGAUCAUGAAUGGACAAACUUGGAAUGUACAUGGACAGUAAUUUGGACUGAAAUGGAAAGAAUAGUGAGGGGUUGGAGCUGUGAUUGAAGAAGAAAUAAUGAUCCACAUAUUGUUACACUGUUGAUCAAACUAUUGAAAACAGAAUAUACCAGUAUCCACCAAAGGUCUGGACUAGAUCGUAGUCAUGGAAGACCCCUUUCUGGAUUAUUGCUCCUCUCAAGAGUUAGCAGGAGGGGCAGAUGCUUUCAUUUGUACAGAAUGUGGAGAAGGUUUUGUGCAGUACUCCAAACUAGUAAGUCAUAUGGCCAUUCAUGGAUCUUCAGAGUCAUUCCAGUUAGACGCUCUCAGUAAUGGCUUGGAAACACCCAUAGAGUUUGUUCUCCAUAAAAAUGGAACACUUACUGUUGUUGAGAGACUGGAGGCUUCACAUUCAUCUCUCAAAACAUCCAACCAAUCGGAUCCCCAGUCACAGUCCACCACAGAAACAGGGUCUUCAGAAAAUGGCACCAGAGUAUUUCCAUGUGAAAGAUGUGGCCAAGUAUUCAGUAAUCAGUCAAGUUUACUACAGCAUCAGCGGUACCAUUCAUUGGGGCAAGGAUAUAAGUGUACCCUAUGCUGCCAGGUUCAUGAUGAUCGAGAGAGUCUUCGGGAACAUCUUCAAGAUCAUGCACAUGAGCGAUUCUAUAGCUGUGGACACUGUGGGAAAAGAUUUCUUAGACCUGAGACAUUAUCAACUCAUCAAAAAGAAUGGCAUGGAUCACUUGUGGCCAGGAAUUCCAUUAAGCUUGCAAAGAGUCAGGAAAACAACAUUGGCAAAUUCUAUCAAUGCAAGUUAUGUGAUUUGCACUUUUUUUGGCUGUCUGACUUACAGAGCCAUCUCAUCAGUCAUUCCCUCAAAAAAACUGAACCUACAGAUACCAGUGAUGAGAAGGUGCCCAGUAACCUUUAUAAUAGUACAGACAACACAUACCGAUGUGGUUUGUGUGGAAAAACCUUCUACAGACUUUCCGACCUCAUGGACCAUCAUUCGGUUCACCAAACCAAGGAGGAAAAAUCAAAAACUGAAUUGAAGGCUACAAAACGGGCCCAAAUCGAUCAUAUCUACAAAAGGCAUCAGAUUCAUAGGUUGGAUGCCCCUAGGUCAAGAAGGAUGCGGGGUAGAUCGCGUGGGGGCCACCAAAGUAGCGGUAGAUUGUAUCCGUGCAAACACUGCCAUCGUGUAUUUGUGCACUCAAGUAGUUUGUCUCGUCACAACCGGUACCAUAAGGGAACUCUGCACACUUGCGUCUACUGUGGGAAACAUUUUCCACAAAGAUGUGAUGUCACCAGGCACAUAGCCAUGUAUCAUAAAUCAGAACUGGGAGCAGCAGCUGAUGAGAAUGCUAAAAAGCAUGAUGAGUCACUAGAAAAGAAUGCUUCAGAGGAACAAGAAACCGAAAAGGAUUUAGAUGAUCAACAAGAAAGUCAAGGUAACGAAACCUCAGGGACAAAAGAGACAUCUGGUCCUCCAAAGGCACGAUUGUCUUUCAAGUGUCGCGAAUGUGGUAAAGUCUUUGGUCUGCUUAGUGUGUACCAACGGCAUCAACGCUACCACAAGAGGGAACCAGCUCGACAGCUGCACAAAUGUUCUCAUUGUCGGUGCCGUUUUUCGCAAUUGUCUGCUCUUGAGCGCCAUCUAAAAACUCACGACAAAGAACCACCUUCAGAAGUUGGAAAAGAAGGGCCACCUACUGUUGGUACUGUCAAUAAGGAUAACAAUGCAGACUCGGAAGACACUGAUGAAACGGUUGAGGAUGAAGAUAUUAAUGUUGAAGGUGAUGAGAGUGUGAAUGCUGAGAUACUGUAUGAAUGCACAGUGUGUGCCAAAUCAUUUUCUUCCAUGAAAACGUUCAUGAAACAUCAGAGUGAGCAUGGUUAACUUUGGGUGAUGAUGCUCAUUUAUGUUGACCCGGAAGUGAACCGCAACAAAUAGGCUAGAACGAUUUACUAAAAUUGGUUAUGUUCAGUUGCAGUCUUGUGUUUUGCUUGGGAGGGCAAGAAUCUCACUCCACAAUUAAUUUUUUGUCCCAUAUUUUAAACAAAGGACUGAUGUUUGUCAUUGUAUGUUAAAUUUGACUGUCAAAGUGACAGUAAUUAGUGUUUUACCUUAUUCAUUUAAGAAGUGAUUUUCUAAUUGUGGCACAUGAUGUCCCUUUUUAAUAACGUGUCAUGCCAAAAGCAAGGAUAGGUUUUUAGAAAUGUCAUCAUAUUUCUUACCUGCCUUUCUGUGUCCAUCAUGCCCAUACAUCCAAAACUUUGUAUGUUGCAGAAGAUGGGACAUUUUUAAGUUUGUCUAUAUUAGAACUGCAUGAUAUUUGAGCUUAUGUGGUUCAUGGAAGUGGAUAAACAUUACUGAUACUUUUGAGGACACUUUUUUUGGAAUGCUCGAUCGAAAUGUCAAUCAAUUUCCUCAGUUAUGAUUAAUUGUGUCUCUGCCAUAGCAGUCAUUAUUCUGUCUACAACAGAAUGGACAAAAUGCAGUUAGGGAAGUUUGUUUUUUAUUCCAUUAAAGUUAGAUUCUUCUUUUCUAAGUAAA